AUGGGAUCUCCAAUGUCCCUCCGUCGACUGAGAGACAUGAAACAAUAUCGGUAUCUUCCUCUAAUAGCUUUUUCAGCUCUAGUGCUCCUAUGCAUACGUUUGAAAAAUUCUUCUCAACCAAUUGGAACCACCCACGACGUAUCGCUUCUCAAAUUUCAACCGAACCCAGAAAGCUCAGAGUUGGUGGAAGUUUUGAGGAGAGCAUCGAUGGCAGACAGAACGAUCAUACUUACCAUUGUUGAGGAAGCCUGGACUGGUCCUGGCUCUGUUUUUGAUCUCUUCCUAGAGAGCUUUCGGAUUGGCCAAGAGACCAAAUGGCUCUUGAAUCACUUGAUCAUUGUCACUGUAGGCAGGCAAGCAUUUCAGUACUGCAAGUCCCUGCAUCCCCAUUGCUUCCAGCUCACACCAAUUGGAGUAUCGAAACCUUCUACCGGAGAGCAACUUCACCAGCACAGUCGGGAUAGACAUGACCUGCUACAUAAAGUGCUUCAACUAGGCUACAAUCUUGUUUUCACAGAGGUGGAUGUUAUGUGGUUCAGAAACCCAAUACCACACUUCAACCCCCAAGAUGAAGUCACAAUUCCAUGUGAUCUCGAACCGAAAGAUGGAAGCAAUAAACAGGACAGGGGGCUCUUUUAUGUGAAAUCGAAUGAUAUAUCAGUCGGAUUCUUCAACUACUUGAAAUUGGUCGGGGUCCUAUACCCCAACACUCCUUUUGAAUCUCUCUGUGAGAUUGCAACACAACAGGAGAUUAUGGAAAUGCUUGGAAUGCGCAUAAAAUUUCUUGAUAAAGCUUAUUUUGGUGGAUUUUGUCAGCCACUUAAGAACAAUAGUGAAGUUUAUACCAUGCAAGCAAACUGCUGUGAAAAGAUUGAAAGUAAGGUCCAUGAUCUAAAGCUUGUCCUAGAUGAUUGGAGAAACUUCACAAGACAAUCAUCAAAUAAUAGCUUGGGGACAUUGUCCUCAUGGAGAGCCCCAGACAAAUGCAUCCAAUAA